AUGCACUCAGACAAAUCUCCGUUCAACUCCGCUAAAUCCAAACGUCGUCGCGCCUGGAAGGUCACCCCGCAGCUGGCCAUGGUGCGGCGCCAGGACCUGUCCGGGUUCGAUGACGCCGAGCGAUAUAACCUGCGUCUGCAGAUGCGGAAUCGGUCGAGGCUCAGGCUCUUCGCGGGCUCGUGCGCGAUCGUCUCGCUGGUCCUCGUGACGUACGUCACCACCGAGGCCUGGUUCGUCGCGGACUGGAGCGGCAAGGGCGAGGGCCUGAGCGAGCUGGACGAGGUGAGCCACAUGGCGGGCUCGUCUCUUAAGGGACUCAACACGGCGCGGGACCUGAUCAGCCUCAAAAAGCACGGGAGAGAGAGGGAGGAACUGCUGGCUCAGGUCGACCGGAUCGAGGCCAUCGCGCAAGACGGCACCCCUCGGGCGAGCGGGAAGCGACCGAGGAAGGUCGGCCCCAAGGUGGAGACGAAGUCGGUGCAAUUCAGCGUGCACAUCGUGGUCGAGCACGCCGCUGGGCUGGACAUGCUCAUGGUCCGCGGCAGCGACGGCGGCGAGUGGGGCCCGGUGUUGGGAACCGCGGUGACCACCAGAGUCACCAACUCGGACGUCGCGGGUGACGGCGACGGGAACCCGUGGAACGCGAAGAAGGCGGCCGCGAUGGACGACCCGGCGGUGCGUAAGGCUGCCGCGGACGCGCUGCUGGCGCAGGCGGGGCUGGAUCAGCCCCCGGAGAUCGAGUUCAUGCAGCUGCUGCCGCCGCGCGUCGGUUCCUCCUCGGACGGUCGGGCGUCUUACGUGGCUCUGGCCCGCGAGGCGCAGGUCAGCACGGGUGGACUCCGCGGCGACGGUUCAAGAAGCGCCAGGAAACGCAUACCUCUGGACGCGGCGCUCAAGGGCCAGACGGGCAACGCGAAGAUCGACGCGGAGAAGAAGAAGGCGGUGGCGAGGUCGCAGGAUACGAUGGGCUCAACCUCAAGAAUUCACCGUGGGGAAGGACCCGAAGGCGGCGUGCAAGGAUCCACGCGUUGCCGCCGCACGCGCCGCGGGCGACGAGAAGGAGGCUGCGCGCCUGUAUAA